GGACGGGGCCACGGCCUAUCUAUUUAUCAUAAAAUUUCCAAACCGCAUUUUUCCAGAAGGAAGAGAAUCCAUGUCAAGAUUUGCAAAAGCAAGGAUUAAGAAAGCAGAGCGAGUCUCUCAGAUCCUGGUCUCGCCUUCAAAGAUUCAAGAAGAAAAGUGCUGAGCCUUCAAGUGGUGCUUGGUAGUUGGGACUUACAUUUUGAUAAUGAAAGGAAACCUAUAGUAUUAAAGGAUCCACAUAUUCCAUUGAUCAAUAGCUACCCUACGUUUUGCUUCCACCUUCCUUAUCCCCUCCUCUCUCUCUAAGCCAUGCCUCUUUGCGCUUAACAUUUACACACCUUUUUUCUUCAUCAGGCUUUCCAUUUUUUUGUUACCCAUCUUUGUUUUGUUCUUGCUCUUCACCAGGGUAGCUCAGAUUUUUAAUUUUCUUAUUCAUUCAUUGCUAUGUUUUGCUUCCUUUUCGAUUUAGAUUUAUUUUUCUGUGGCCCUUAUAUUUGUUUUGCAUCUGGGAAUCUUUAAACUUUGAAUUUUAUCAUCUACAUCCCCUCGUCCCAAACGCGUGAAGACUUUGUUUUGGUGCUUUGGGCACUUCAAAAUUCAAUCGCUUUUCCUGUUCCCUUGUUGGAUUUUGGCCUCCAAGAAGCUAUUUGAUUCCGUAACUUCUGUUUUAUUCUCUUCUUUGGGAUCUGUACUGCUAUUGUUGGUGGGAUUUUCGGUCUGUCAAUGGGUGCCUUGGAUGAGGAGCAUUUCAAUGUGGAGCUUGAGAAUGGUGUGAAAUUGGAUUGCCUUGAGCUGGGUUUUGAAGAAGAACCAGAGACUUUAGCUAUUGAGAAUGCUGUGACAGUACUGUUGCAAGGUCUUGGCGAGGAUAUUAAUAGAGAAGGUCUCAAAAAGACGCCGCUUCGUGUUGCCAAGGCCCUUCUCCAUGGAACCAAAGGUUAUAAACAGAAGGCAAAGGAAAUUAUUCACAGUGCAUUAUUCCCUGAAGCUGGUUUGGAUAAUGCAGUUGGUCAUGCAGGAGGAGCUGGUGGUAUUGUUAUUGUUCGAGAUCUUGACCUCUUCUCAUACUGUGAGUCUUGCCUGCUUCCCUUUCAGGUUAAGUGUCAUGUAGGUUAUGUCCCAUCUGGUCAGAGGGUUGUAGGAUUAAGCAAGCUAUCUAGAGUUGCUGAUGUCUUUGCAAGACGACUCCAGGAUCCGCAGAGAAUGGCAGAAGAAAUCUGUUCCGCUCUGCACCAUGGGAUCAAACCAGCAGGUGUUGCUAUCAUACUCCAAUGUUUACACAUCCAUUUUCCAAAUUUAGAGUCACUUUUGCUUGACUCCAAUCACCAAGGAUGGGUAAAGGUACUGGUCCGAUCAGGUUCUGGUGUUUUUGAAAAUAAAAAUGCUGAUAUUUGGUCUGAUUUUUUGAGUCUUCUGAAGUUCAGAGGUAUAAAUUUUGAUAAAAAUCAGAUGAAAGACUCUAUGGAGCAAUGUUGGUGUCCAUCAAAAUCUUCUUUGAGUGCUAAAAUUUCAUCCAAGAUUGAACCACCAAACCCUGGAAUGGUCACUGCAGUGACAUCACUACUCAGGUCUUUGGGAGAAGAUCCAUUAAGGGAAGAGCUUGUUGGAACUCCUAAUCGUUUUGUGAAGUGGUUGAUGAACUUCCAGAAUGCAAAACUGGAGAUGAAGCUGAAUGGCUUUGGUUGUGGCAGGAUAGAUACUCUUAAAGCCAAUGGUGAUAUCGGCUAUAACAAAGAACAGAUACAUUCUGAGCUGAACUUGUCACUCUGGUCUCAGUGUGAGCAUCAUUUAUUACCCUUUUAUGGCGUUGUGCACAUUGGUUACUUCUGUUCUGAGGGAUUCAACCCCAUUGGAAAAUCUCUUCUACAGUCAAUAGUGCAUUUUUAUGGUUUCAAGCUGCAAGUGCAGGAAAGGCUUACCAGGCAGAUUGCAGAGACUGUUUCAUCGUUUUUAGGUGGAGAUGUGAUUGUAGUUCUGGAGGCUAACCAUACUUGUAUGAUUUCUAGAGGUAUUGAGAAGUUUGGAAGUAAUACGGCUACAGUUGCUGUACUCGGUCGAUUUUCAACAGAUCCUGCAGCAAGGGCAAUGUUUUUGCAGAGCAUUCCAAAUACUACCACUUCUGGAGUGUAUGCAGAUGGUAAUAGUCUUCAGAAAUAGUUCCAGUCAUUUUCUUCACGUUUUCUUGGUCAGUUAUUAGUUUGCUGUGGUGCCAGUAUAACAGAGAAUCAUUUUAACAUCGUUUUGUCCAUCACUGGAGCACAUUUUGAUGUGUUCGCCUUAGAUUUAUGCUGUUGGUGCGGGAGUUAUGAUCAAAAAAGAAAAAGAGCUACUAAGAUUAUCUCAAAAUUUUCAUCUUCUCAUUACAAGGGUUCAUCAUUACUUUUGCAGCACAGUUUUUUCCACCUCGCCUAUUGAAUUUUAGAAGGUUCAGAAGCAUUUAUACCAGUUCAUCACAUGGGAAAAAAAAAUGAAACACCAAUGUUUUCUGUUUUUUACCCCAUUAAUGUAUUGGAGGUCCAUGACACCAUGAAAAAUGUCUGACAUUUGACAGAGAGUUGUCUACAAUAUUAUCCGAAGUACCUGCAGAAAUGCAGUUUCAGAA